GACGCAUUAAAGCGAGGAAUCGUUUUCGUUUACGAUAGGAAGCAACCAGUAGGCUGUGGACGGAGAUUUUGCCGCAGUUGCUCCUGUUUUGUGUGUGAAUGCUGAAUGUUGACAUUCAACAUGGCGGCAUGUCGUCAGUGCUGUGCUGUGUCGUGCUUGUGUAAUUGUUAGUUUAGGACAUUUUUGAAACCAAGGCUCACUGUAAAUUUCACAUUUAAAAGUUGAAGAAAAAAAAACGCUAAUAUAGAAGUAUUGGAAAACACAAUCACACUCAGCACGCAUUGAAGACAUCUGAGGAUUUUCAAAUCAACAAUUAUUGUUUAAAUCUCCUAUGUUUUUGAUUUACUCCUUUUAUAAAGGAUGACUGAUGUUUAAGAAGAACACGGUUAUUCUAGUGCACGCUAAAUUGAGUAACUAUUGAAGAGUUGUUAGUAUAUUAAAGCAUACACACACACACACAUGUGGAAAGUAUCAGCAGUAUAUGAUGUGCUAAGAAUUUUGUACUUAUACUAAUUCGUAAUCUAUAUUUACUGCAUUGUUCAUUUGUAUAUUGUGUACACAACAAAACUUGUGAGAAAGAGUUAGGUGAGCCAUAUAGUGACUGUAAUAGUGAUCGCGGCUGAGAUUGUGUUGCUCUGCUUGGUUAAUAGAAAAUUCAUAUCCACAUUUGAGGUGCCUCUAAAAUAACGGAGCUGCCUUGAAACCUUUCGAAUAGCAAUACACAACAGGUGUAAUAAAAUAUUGUGGAACUGUCUCCCUUGCGAUCUUGUCACGGAAAAAAAGGAGAUCACAGAGGAGUUUGCGAUUCUACAGCAUUAAACAGCCUCUCUUCCUCUUCAUUAAGUUCUUAUAACAUUAUAAUAGUGAACAAAGAUAUAAAGUACCAAGAACCGUUCUGUGAUAUCUAUAUCUUAUCUGAUAUCUGUUAACAUUUAAAUGAUUGAAAAGACUAAAAAUUUGUAAAUGUAAGUAUAUAUAUUAUGGUGGAGCAGAAGUGAACAUAAAAGGGAUUAAAUACUUGUUUCAAGGGAAAAGGAAAAUUAUACGUAAACAUUAUAGAUAAAACUGUGCAAAUUUAAAACAAUGUCCAACAAUCCUCAGUGGAAAACGUUCCAGCCGCCAAUCAUGAACUCUGACCCGGCAAUACUUGACUACAAGUCUAUGGCUCUACCGAGUCCCAAAGUUAUAACAGGAUCUCAACAAAACACAAGUAACAAUUAUCGAAAUGGUACUAACUACAGUGGUGACCAUUACUUGGGCUCUCUUUCUGGAUGUGGUAAAAAUGCUACCACUACCACCACUACUACUACUACCACUUAUGGAGCCACGAGAUUUUCUUUUGGGACAUUAACAAAUAUGGAAGGAAAUGUAGGUUACACUGGCGAGUCUGCAACCAAUAAUACUACGUAUCAAGAUCAGUCUGCGAAUCAGGGAACCCGUGAAACUGGUAUAAUAGAAAAAUUAUUACACUCGUAUGGAUUUAUACAAUGCUGCGAACGACAGGCAAGAUUAUUCUUUCAUUUUAGCCAGUUUAGUGGAAAUAUAGAACAUUUAAAAAUUGGAGAUCCAGUAGAAUUUGAAAUGACUUAUGAUCGAAGAACAGGCAAACCUAUUGCUAGUACUGUUAGUAAAAUUGCUCCCGAAGUGGUGUUGAGCGAAGAACGUGUUACUGGUAAUGUGACAACGGAAUUACAAGCCAGUGGUGAUUCACAAGGUCGAAUUAGUUACGAAAAUCGAGGGGAGUGUUUCUUUUUGCCAUAUACCAAAGAUGAUGUAGAAGGGAACGUCACUUUGCGUUCUGGUGAUAAAGUAUCAUUUCAAAUUGCUACUAAUCAACGAGGAAAUUUGGGUGCGUGCCAUGUAAGAUUGGAAAAUCUAGCAUAUCCAGUACGUUAUCGCGGUGUUGUAUGUACAAUGAAAGAAAAUUUUGGCUUUAUCGAACGUGCUGAUGUAGUUAAGGAGAUUUUCUUUCACUUCAGUGAAGCAAAGUCCAUGAAAGAAGAAUUGAAAUUAGGAGAUGAUGUUGAAUUUAUAAUACAAACGCGAAAUGGGAAGGAGGUAGCAUGUAACAUUACUAAAUUACCACCGGGUUCUAUUGUAUUUGAAGAAGUUAGCAAUGAAGUAAUAAAAGGACAGGUUUUAAAACCAUUAGAGAGAGGUAAUGCGGCACGACAUCACAAUGAUCCAUUACCUGGACGAAUUCGAUAUAGAGAUACGGAUCAUUGCGAAGUCGAAGUUCCAUUUGGUGAUAAAGAUCAAAAAGGAGAUUUCACGCUGAGGCACGGAGAUUGGGUCCAGUUUCGUAUUGCUACAGAUACUAGAGAUCAAUUGAAAAGAGCUACCGAAAUAUCUCUAUUACCAGAAUCAUUUACUGUGUCCGGUGAAAGACGAGAAGAAGGUAUUAUUGCGGCUCUUAAAGAUGGAUUCGGCUUUAUACGUUGCGUAGACCGAGACGCUAAACUUUUCUUUCAUUUCAAUGAAGUUCUUGAUGUUGAUAGAGAAAUUAACGUAGGCGAUGAAGUUGAGUUCACUAUUGUACAAGUUCCUACAUUUUGUUUCGAGGAUCCUUCAUCGUCGUUUUCAUACACCCGACCUAGUGCAAUCAGAUUGAAACAUUUACCAACCGGUACUGUUCAAUUUGAAACGAUUACAGAAAAGGACUUGAUGGGUAACGUGGUAGAAGAUACGAAUGGCGUUCAACGAGGUUUAAUCGGAUAUACGAAAGAUAAUCAACAAAAUGUAAUAAUGUUUUUUGCAAAAGAUUGCGAUCCUAAAAAUAUUCCAAGAGUGGGUGAUAAAGUUCACUUUAGUAUUUGUCAAGUUAAACGAAAUAAAGAAUUAGUCGCCGUUGAUAUAUCACUGGUGAAUGCUGCCGGUGAGAAAAUACAAAAUGGAAAUAAAAAGGCGAGCGGCCAAGUUUAUCAAGGUUUCAUAGCUGCGCUAAAAGACGGAUUUGGCUUUAUUGAGACAGUCAAUCACGAUAAGGAAAUAUUUUUCCAUUUCAGUAACUUUGAAGGUGAUACUGGCAAUCUAGAGUUAGGAGCUGAUAUAGAGUGUACAGUAAGUUCUAACAACAGUAGAGGUUCGGGUGGAUGUAUCGCCGCCGAUCAUGUUAAGCUUGUACCUCGUGGAAGUAUUCCCAGGCCUACAGCAGUUAGCGAUCCACUCGACGGAGUUGUAACGCGACCCCUACGUAGCGCAAAUCCCGAACAGAGUGAAUAUGCUGGUUUGAUCAAAAUAAAUCCAACCAAUGAGGAAGAAGAAACGCAAGAAUACGAAUUCGGUAUAAUGGGACUUGUCAACAAGCGUGAGUUAUUGCAGAUAGGUGAUCCUGUGCAAUUGCAAGUUGAUUCUGCGGGCCAUGCCUGUAACAUAGUAGCUAUUAGAAAAAAGAGAAGAGCAACCGUUGAUGCAGUGAAAGGUCCCUUUGGUUUUCUCGCUUACGAGGUUGACGAAGGUAAAAAGCUCUUCUUCCAUAUGAGCGAAGUUCGGGAUCAUGCUACAUUGCAGCCAGGGGACCAAGUGGAAUUUGUUUUGGUGACGAAUCAGCGUACUGGUAAAUCCUCAGCCUGCAACGUAACUCGUCUAAGUGACGCGGUUCAGCAACGACCCGAGCGUUUAAUCAGCCGAUUACGUACUAUUUCUUUGGAAGAUACAGGUCCGAAAUUAACCGUAGUCCGACAGCCCAGAGGACCGGAUGGUACACGAGGUUUCAGCCAAGAAAGAUUACAACAUACCCCUGGUGCCAUCGAGGAAUAAUGUCAUAAAGAGCGUGAUUAUUGCGCUCAUCCAAAAUUGUAAUCUACCAUAACUUGUUUUUAAUUCACACAAACAAACAAAAAACACGUACACACACGUACACGCAUACUUCGAUACAGAGAUUAUUAUUAUAAGCAUGAUCUUACAAACAUUUGCCAAAUCGAGACUAAUGUGACAACAAUAAUUAAUAACAAUAAUAAUCAGUGAAAUGAGUGGUGAUGAUCUUUUCGACAGAUGGAAAGCGUAUGAAAAAUAAUAAAACAACGAGCCAUAUUAACGUGUUAAAAAGGAGUAACCAUGAACGAUGAUAUAAUUAUAUGCCCGAUCUUUAAUUAGCGUAAAGAAUCUAUUUGAAACAUGUUUAUGUUUUUCAUUCGAUUCAUUUUCUACGCUUCGCAUUUCCGUAAAACAUCCUAUAUCCCCGUUAAGUUUGACGGUAAACUUAUUUUAAUAACGGCGCGCGUUUAUCGACAAACAAAUCACACAACAAACUUUUUAUUACGAUAUUUCUAAUAAUGGUUAUUAAAUAUAUCCUCUGUGAUCUGUGCAGUCGUGUUUAAAUAUAUCAUGAAAAAAAUUCAAUAACAUUGAAACAUUACAUAUUGGGCUACCAAAAAUUUGCUUGUUUCUGAUGUUCUUAGACAAUGUCCUGUCUGUCUUUAUAAAAAUAUACUUACAUGUUGAUACAA